AUGUUUGGCCGCAAGUCCCUAAAAGGUGUCGCUAAAACGUUUGUACGGAGAUUGAAUACCGUGCAAACAUGGAAUAAGUUGAAAGCAGCUCUGAAGGAAGAAUUCAGCUUGCGAGUGACUAGUGCAGACAUCCAUCGAAAGUUGACCAAAAAGAAGUUAAAGAAGGAUGACAGUGUUCAAGAAUACUACCUAACUAUGAGGGAAUUGGCGUCGCAAGGAGAUUUAGACGUCGAAUCAACGAUACAAUACAUCAUCGAUGGUAUCCCGGAUGGCAGUAGCAAGAUGAUGUUGUAUGGGGCUCAAAAUUAUAGCGAGCUCAGAUUCCGCCUCUGGACAUACGAGAAGAUACAAGAACGAGGAACUACAGCCAUGAAGAAUAAUCCGAGCAAAGAAGUGGCAAACAAAGCAAACAAAGCAAACAAAGCAAACAAAGACGAUGGUGACCGAUGAACCAAAUCUGGGAAAGAGGAAAAGAAGACAACAAAGCCAGGGAAACGUUGCUGCAACUGUGGCGAAAGCGGACAUAGGUCGGACAAAUGUAAAUUUAGAGAU